AUGACCAAAACAUCUCAGGGUGCAGUAGUUACAGGCGCCAUCCAGCACAGAAACGACACUGGGCCAGCGUGGGUCGCGCCAUCCCUCCAGAGCAGAGCCGCCAGCCAUUCAGAGCACCAGACAGCUGGACGUACCGACAUGGGAACUGAAACCAGUCCCUUGAGCUACCAACAGCAAUCAACGUCGGACCACACCACGCAACGCAUUGUCCAGCGUGCCAACGUCAUUCUCACGAGCAUCACCAUACUGACGCGCAGACGGCCUUUUGCAAAGCCGCCUCCAUCGUCUGUCGCGGCCGCCCCCAUCCAGUCAGCACAAGCCGUCACCGCCCUGCCGAACAUCUCCAUCACCGACUUUACGUCGCGACCGCUCGCCGACCCUGAGAGCCCAAGCACAGAAAUGGCUCUCCCGAACCCAACACCGCCUCUCCUCCUGACGAAGCGCCUCAACGCCUUUCUACACACCAACCAGACCCCUCAGCUGCCCACACUCCUCCUCACCACAUGCCACGGCAAGCUCCUCGCCCACGCAAGCCCGCACCCGGUGUCUGUCCUCCGCACGCAUGCCACCGUCGCGGCCUCCCUCCUCGCCAUCCACACGUCUUCCUCGGUAGACGUCCCCUCCGCGCUGCCCGGCUCGCGAACCCCCGAUCCCAUCACCAGCUCGCCCGUCCUCCGGCCCGACAACUCGGAUAAAGAAGACGAAGACGACGAAGACGACGAAGACGACGACGACGACGAAGACGACGCAGCGCACCACGGUGUCUCGGACUCCAGGCCCAAGCACAGAAAUGGCUCUCCCGAACCCAACACCGCCUCUCCUCCUGACGAAGCGCCUCAACGCCUUUCUACACACCAACCAGACCCCUCAGCUGCCCACACUCCUCCUCACCACAUGCCACGGCAAGCUCCUCGCCCACGCAAGCCCGCACCCGACGUCCCCUCCGCGCUGCCCGGCUCGCGAACCCCCGAUCCCAUCACCAGCUCGCCCGUCCUCCGGCCCGACAACUCGGAUAAAGAAGACGAAGACGACGAAGACGACGAAGACGACGACGACGACGACGACGACGUAGCGCCCCACGAUGUCGCGGCAUCCAAAAAGGCAGCCGCCAGGAGAAGAGCCGCCAGGUCCGUCAAACCCGUCACCAUCACAGUCCAGCUCAGCGGCGGGACCGUCAUCAUCCGCCGUCUCAAGUGCGGCCUGCUGUUCGUGUGUGUCGGUCCCUCGGCGCACGACCUCCAGUCCGACGUGCAUUUGCAGCACGAAAACGGCGAUGUGACCGGCAGCCCGAGCGAGGUGGAGAGUCUGGUCAGCGCCGGGGCCCAAACGACGUCGAGUCUGGACAGCGUGGGCGCCGCUUCCGUCGUCGCGAUGAGGAGGCACGCCGCAGACUUGGCGCGGUGGCUGGACGACAAGCUGGGCACGCUGCGGGUGCCAGAGGAGGGGGUCGGGUCAAGUGAUUAA